UUAUGGUCUUUGUUCGAGCAAAUAAACAGCUGUCUUUCUUUACCCGCGUUGUCUGUCAAUCAAAUUACAGCUAGACAACGAACCUUAGGGAGAUUUCUCCCACCACAGUUGUGACAGUGUCCAGCCCAGGGCCCUACUUGGCAGAGGCCUUAUUUUAUUGCGCUUUCUGCUUAAUUUGCUCAAAGCGAGAUAAGAAACAUCCUCAGGACAUUGAUCGAGGUCUGGAGCGUCCUAGGUCAAUCUGCUGUAAACAAAAUGCCUGUAAAAAAAAGGGUAUUUAAAACCCUGGUACUGCCCCUGCUUCACUGCACCUGCCAUCUCCUUCCUUGGGGAAUGGGAAGGCCUGCCUCUGCUUUGCCAGUUGAUUACAACUUGAAUGAAUUCACUGACUUGAGCUCAAGUAGUUUGGACUCUUGAAGCCUUUUUUAAAGGGUUAAAUUGACUUGGUGACAAGAACUUGACCAGGUGCAUGUCUAGCCAAAGCGGCUCUGUAGCUGGAAACCAGCUUGGAGUUAAGCAAGGGCAGUUUGCAGCCUAAGUAUUUGCUAGAAAGAGAAUAUAAUAAAGCCAUUUUGAGAAAAUUGCAAGCUGUUCACAGAUGUGUCUCAGAGAAAAGGAGGUGAUAUACACAAAAUUAAUUUUAUGUGCUCUCAUUUAUUCAGUCUUCAUUGCAGUGCCCUGGAUGCGGCUGUGCAGAGCUAAGGAAAUGUAUUAGGGAAGUUUACUGUUACAGUCUGUAAAUUGAAGCAGGUCAGAAUGAGGUUUCUUGCAACGUAGGUGCCUUGGCUUGGAAAAGAUGUCCCAGCUUAAAUUCUGUUCUCGGAGAUCCCCAGUGAUUUGUACUGGUGGUUGCGUUGCAUCAAAUCAGACGCUUGCAACAAAUAUUGGUCUUGACAUUUUAAAGAAGGGUGGCAAUGCUGCAGAUGCUUCCGCGGCUGUAGCUGCUGCCUUAAAUGUCACAGAGCCUGCCAGCACUGGCAUAGGUGGGGAUUGCUUCUGUCUCUACUAUGAUGCAAAUACAAAGCAGGUGCAUGGUCUCAAUGGAAGUGGCAGGUCUCCAAGGGCACUGACCAUUGAGCUGUUAAAAGAGCAAGGUUUUGAUGAGACAAAUCCUCUCCCUCUAUUACAUGCUCAUAAUAUCACAGUACCUGGUGCAGCAGCUGGCUGGUGUGAUGCUGUUUCCCUCUAUGGAAGCAAAAAGCUCUCCAUGGGACAGAUUCUUCAACCUGCCAUUGAACUGGCUGAGAGAGGCUUUCCUGUGGCAGAGAUAACUGCCUACCAUUGGAAGCAUGACGUCCAUGUUCUGCAAGCACCUGGAAAUGAGCAUGGAAAGGACCUACUCAUUCAUGGCCAAGCACCUCUUCAUGGACAGGUUUUCUGCAAUCCUUUUUUGGCUAACACUUUCAAGGAGAUAGCAAGAUGUGGGAAGAAAGGAUUCUAUGAAGGUACAAUUGCAGCGGCUGUUGUAGAAACUGUUCGGAGACAUGGAGGAGUAAUGGAUUUAGAGGAUCUCAAAAGCCAUGUAACUGAUGAAGUCAAACCGAUUUUCACAAAUUAUAAGGGUGUGAAUGUUUGGGAAAUACCUCCAAAUGGACAAGGGAUCACAGUUCUGAUGGCCCUGAAUAUUUUAGAAAAUUUUAACAUUAAAGAAAUGGGCCAUAACACUGCUGACUAUUUACAUGUACUGAUUGAAGCUUUGAAACUCAGCUUCUCUGAUGCUUUCUGGUUCUGUGCUGAUCCUCAAAAAGUUCCAGUGCCAACAAAAGAAUCUCUCUCCAAAACAUAUGCUAAAGGACGCUCUGAGUUAAUUGAUUUACAAAGAGCGAAUAAAGAUUAUAAACCUGGAAAUUCCUUACCAGCAGGAAGUGACACAGUUUACUUCACAGUAGUGGAUGCUCAAGGCAGUGCCUGUUCCUUCAUCAACAGCAACUAUAAGGGCUUUGGCACAGGACUAGUACCAGAUGGCUGUGGAUUUGCUCUACAAAAUAGAGGAGCCGGUUUUUCCCUGUUUCCCGGCCACCCGAACUGUCUAGCACCAGGAAAACGGCCUCCUGCUCUAGCUACAGCUGCUGACACUGAGGAUCUCUUGUGCUCCUUUGGAGUAAUGGGUGGCUUCAUGCAGCCUCAGGGACAUGUUCAGGUGCUGCUCAAUAUGCUGGAGUUUGGCAUGGACCCUCAACAAGCCUUGGAUGCAUCCCGGUUUUGUUUGGAUUAUUCCAGAGAAGAAAGUAAAUGGCGUCUGUCACUUGAAGAUGGUAUCCCCCAAGCGGUUGCAGAAGACUUGAGAGCCAGAGGUCACUGCAGCCACUGGCCCAUAAGUGGGCAUGACAGGAGCCUGUUUGGCCGUGGUCAGAUUAUCACUAAAGGAGAUUGGUGGAAGUCUUUGGACUCUUUGUCUUCCAAGAGCUUGCAAAACAUCCUUUGGGCAGGAUCGGAUCCCCGAGGAGAUGGCUGUGCAAUGGGAUAUUAGCAUACCCUAAGCAAAUGUGCUCUAUAGGGACAUCAGGUAAAAAUCAAAACCGUGCCUUUGGACAUCAUCCAAACUGUCAGAGCUGCUGUACAUUCAUAUGAUUCUGUGAUGGAUUAAUUUCCAUGUUCUGUUGUAUUGAGUACAGUGGGUAUUACAAUCACAUGAAAGAUCAGCAAAAAAUGCCUUUUUUAAUUAAUGGAUGUAAUGUCAUUUGCUCCCUUCCCUACUGUUCCUCGCAUCACAAGGAUUAUUGCAUGCUUAAAUUAUAAGGAUCUUGUGAGAGGAAUAAUGAUUCCGUAACAUUGUAUGUUGAUCAGAUUCUGAAUGUUUGUCCAUUGGUAUAGCCAAAGAGUUUUCUAUUUUUUUGAGUCAAAAGCAAAUAGCUGUUCGGGAACAAUGGAAAUUAAAUAAAAAUGUAAUGUUCA